ACCGUCCGGGGGGGGCGAACGAGCACCCGCAAACUUGGUUCCGACGGUUCCGCUCGGUCGGUGCUACACGGAAUAUGGACCGGAAUAAAACACUCACCCGAAACUGCCUCCCGACUCUUGAACGCUCACUUUGUUGUUACUUUAUUAGCACUUCGACAGCUUCAUGAGCCCCCACCCGUAGAGGAAUGCAUGAAAAUAGCCUGCCGAGCGGAAGGCAGAGCAGCCCAGAGAGGAGCUGCAGCAAGAGGAGUUGAGGGCCACAGCACAGCAGAGCAGUCACCUGAAGGUGGGACUGAAGACGACGUCCUCGCUGCCCAGGCCAUGGCUCCCUGGUUGUGCAUCUCUGCAGUGAUUCUGCUCAUGGCUGGAGAAGAUGUCCUGUCCAAGGAGGAGUGUCCCAAAACGGUCGUCACCUCCUGUAAAGACUGCAUCCGCACCGGACCGUUCUGUGCCUGGUGCAAGAAGCUGAACUUCACGAAGCAGGGCGAACCGGACGCUACGCGCUGCGACACCACGGAGGCGCUGAGGAGUCGGGGCUGCGAGAACGACGACAUCGUCUCCCCCGCGAGCAGCUACACGAAGCUCUCGGACAGACCUCUGUCCAGGGGGUCCGGACAGAACGAGGACCCCGUCCAGCUCCAGCCGCAGGCGGUUCGCCUGAACCUCAGGCCUGGAAAGCCCGUGUCGUUGCGCUUCAGAUUCAGGCGGGUGGAGGAUUACCCCGUGGACCUGUACUACCUCAUGGACCUCUCUUACUCCAUGAAAGACGAUCUGGAGAACGUCAAGAGCCUGGGGAAAGACCUGAUGAAGGCCCUGGGCCAAAUCACCAAACGGGCACGUAUAGGCUUCGGCUCCUUCGUGGACAAGGUGGCCCUGCCUUUCACCAACACGAACCCGGCGAAGGUGCAGAAGCCCUGCCCAGAGGACGAGCGGGUCUGCCAGCCCGCAUUCGGGUACCAGCACGUGCUGUCGCUGACCGACCAAGCGGAAGAGUUCAACCAGAUUGUGUCCAUGCAGUCCAUCUCGGGGAAUCUGGACUCGCCCGAGGGCGGGCUGGACGCCAUCAUGCAGGCUGCUGUUUGCGGAAACAAAAUCGGCUGGGGGGACAGCACUCGGCUGCUCGUCUUCGCCACAGAUGACGGGUUCCACAUGGCGGGGGACGGGAAACUGGCCGCCAUACUGGAGCCCAACGACGGCCAGUGUCAUCUGGACAAAAGCAUUUAUAGCAAGAGCAGCGAGAUGGACUACCCCUCUGUGGGACAGCUGGCCCAGAAACUGGCUGAGAACAACAUCCAGCCCAUCUUCGCUGUCACCCAGAAUGUGGCGCCUGUGUACCAGAAGCUGAAGGAGAUGAUUCCCAAGUCCGAAGUGGGCGUUCUGUCCAAAAACUCGGACAACGUGGUCAGACUAAUCGAGACGGCUUACAAAAGUCUGUCCUCCAACGUGAUCGUGACUCACGAGAACCUUCCCGAAGACAUCAAGGUCACGUACACAUCGAACUGUGAGAACGGGGGCGUCCCGGGCCCCCGGGGGGUGUGCAACAAUGUGGGCAUCGGCAAGGAGGUGGAAUUUGUCGUGACGGUCACUGCGGACAAGUGCACGAAGGAGCAGUCCUUCCAAAUCGGACCUCUGGGCUUCCGUGAGAAGAUGAACAUCACCGUGGUGACGGAGUGCGAGUGCGUCUGCAGAGACCCGCUGAAUAAAAAUGACCCGGCAUGCGGCGGGCAAGGACAGGUCACGUGUGGCACCUGCGUGUGCAACAAGGAUUUCGUGGGUCAGAGGUGCGAGUGCCGCAUGGGAGACAAGAACGAGCGGGACCUGCGCGAGGCCUGCAGGUUCAACAACGGCUCCGUGUGCUCCAACCUGGGCGACUGCGUGUGCGGCUUGUGCCAGUGUCACGCCGGCGAGGACGGCAGGAACAUCUACGGGAGGUUCUGCGAGUGCGACGACCGCAGCUGCCCGCUGCACCACAACCGGCUGUGCGGAGGUAACGGGAAAUGCGACUGUGGAAAGUGUUUGUGCCACCAGGGCUACGACGGCGAGGCGUGCGACUGCAAGAAGUCCGACGAGGCGUGUCGAAAGGGGACGAGCGUGUGCAGCGGCCGCGGAAACUGCACCUGCAACAUCUGCCACUGCCUGCCCGGGUACAAGCGGCCGUUCUGCGAGGAAUGCCCGGGAUGCCCGUCGCCCUGCGGCAAGAUCGCAAGCUGCGUGGAGUGUCUGGGCUUCAACUCUGGCCCGCUGAAGGAGAACUGCAACAGCAUGUGUUCAAAAGUGAAGCACAAGGUGGUGGAGGCCCUGACAGACAAGAAGCCCUGCAGAUGGAAGCGGUCUGACAACUGCUGGAUGAUUUACUCCGUGAAAGAGCUGGAUGGGAUUGACAACUAUGACGUCACCAUCCAGAAGAAGCUAGAGUGUCCGAAGCCCCCGGACCUUGCCGCCAUUAUCGGGGGGUCCUUCGCCGGAGUGGCCCUCAUCGGGCUACUGCUGCUCCUGAUCCUCAAGGGCAUCAUCCACAUGAAGGACCUGAAGGAGUUCCGCAGGUUCGAAAACGAGAAGAAAAAAGCCAAGUGGACCAAUGCUGAUAAUCCCUUAUUCAAGACUGCAACAACUACAGUGCAGAACCCCAACUUCAGUGGUGACUGAUGCCGCCGGCUGCCUGACUUUAUGAGACGCCUGCAUUUUAUUUGGGACAACAGUCCGUUUGUGAUGUAGUUACGUUUCGUUUUCUGCACUUUUAUGGAAUUUGCAGCUGCAGUGAAGAAAGUGAAGACUUAUUGUUCAAAUGUUUUGUGAUCCAUUCAGCAGUUCUUUUUCCUUUGUGUCUCUUUGAAAAAGCAGCGAGUCUGGAGGAAUUGUGUUUUGUACCAGCCGCUCACCUCGCAAUUCUGCUUCUGCUCUUGAUGUCUGUUAAAGGUCCGGGUGCUUCAUGAAUAUGGACCUUCAUUUAGUUUAUUGACAGUCUUCAUCUAAACGGACUCACCUACUUUAGAUCUCCUCACUGUCACUGCUGGAGAAUGUCCACAAUGCUUUGCUUUCACUGAAUAAAUGACCUGAUGUGACCAAGUGAAAGUUGAGGGUCUUCUUUCUGUUUGGGGAAUGCCAAA